AAAUUUAACGGGUGAGGAGAAAAAAGAUGACGGAACACGAUUAAAUUUGAUUUAAUGGAAGGUUGAAUUUACUUUUCAGAUGUUUAGAUGUUCAUUGAAUUUAAGUUAAAUUCAUGAACAGCUUGCGUAUUGUUUCCCUAACCAUAUGGCUUCUUCAUCUGUGCCGUGCCCUACGCUCGGGAGUUUCUCGGCCAAGUAUUAUUCGGCGGCGGCGGAUGGGAGCUGCGUGCGGCAGAGCAGCUUCUUCGAGGGAAAACCCGUUCUCAACCAAGGCGUUGGCUAUUCUGUCAUCCUUGGCUUUGGAGCCUUCUUUGCCCUAUUCACCUCUUUCCUGGUUUGGUUGGAGAAGAGAUAUAUUGGGUCUCGCCACACAUCUGAAUGGUUUAAUACGGCUGGAAGAAAUGUCAAAACUGGGCUCAUAGCAAGUGUGAUUGUUUCUCAGUGGACUUGGGCUGCAACAAUCUUGCAAAGCUCUAACGUUGCAUGGGAAUAUGGAAUCAGCGGCCCAUUUUGGUAUGCUAGUGGUGCUACCAUUCAGGUGAUUCUGUUUGGUAUCAUGGCCAUUGAGAUCAAAAGAAAGGCUCCUAAUGCACACACAGUUUGUGAAAUUGUCAAAGCUCGGUGGGGAACUGCUGCACAUAUUGUGUUCCUUGUAUUUUGUUUCAUGACAAAUAUAAUUGUGACCGCAAUGCUGCUUCUGGGCGGUUCUGCAGUGGUUAAUGCUCUUACCGGUGUAAACAUAUAUGCUGCAAGCUUUUUGAUUCCCCUUGGAGUUAUAGUUUAUACAUUAGCAGGAGGAUUAAAGGCCACCUUCUUGGCAAGCUACAUUCAUUCUGUUAUAGUGCACAUUGUGUUGGUCAUCUUUGUUUACUUGGUUUACGCUGCAAGCAGUGAGCUAGGAAGCCCGAAGGUUGUCUAUCAUCGCUUAUUAGAGGUUGUUAGCAAAUCUAGAAUAUGUCGAGAACCCAUUUCUCAUAGAGGUCAAGCUUGUGGGCCUGUAAGUGGGAACUAUAAAGGAUCCUACCUGACCAUGUUAAGCUCAGGUGGCCUUAUUUUUGGUAUCAUCAACAUUGUUGGAAACUUCGGCACAGUCUUUGUGGACAAUGGCUAUUGGGUUAGUGCCAUAGCUGCUCGUCCAUCCUCCACCCACAAAGGCUACUUAUUGGGUGGACUAGUCUGGUUUGCAGUACCCUUUUCACUGGCAACCUCUUUGGGCCUCGGAGCGCUUGCUCUUGAUCUUCCAUUAACGGCAACUGAAGCUGGGCAUGGCUUGGUUCCUCCUGCUACUGCAAUUGCCCUGAUGGGGAAAGGUGGAUCUGUGCUUCUAUUGACCAUGCUAUUUAUGGCUGUCACUUCCGCUGGUUCCUCUGAACUGAUAGCAGUCUCUUCAUUGUGCACAUAUGAUAUCUAUCGCACCUAUAUAAACCCCGAGGCUACAGGAAAGCAGAUCCUCAAAGUAUCCCGUGGAGUCGUUCUCGGUUUUGGAUGUUUCAUGGGAUUUCUAGCUGUGAUCCUGAACAAGGCUGGAGUCUCCCUUGGCUGGAUGUACCUGGCCAUGGGAAUACUCGUUGGUUCUGCAGUCAUCCCCAUAGCUUUCAUGCUUCUAUGGAGGAAGGCCAAUGCAUUCGGUGCUGUUGCUGGAACGGUAAGUGGCUGUAUCAUUGGUGUAGUGACUUGGUUAUCAGUAACAAAAAUCAAAUACGGCCGCAUUGACCUUGAUACCACUGGUCGGAAUGCUCCCAUGCUCGCUGGGAACCUAGUGUCUAUCCUCAUCGGCGGAUCGAUUCAUGCAGCUUCAAGUCUUUUGUGGCCUCAGAAAUAUGACUGGGAAACGACCAGGCAGAUAACUACAGUAGAGAAGAUGAAGGGUGAUUUACCUGAUGAGGAGUUUGGGGAGGAGAAGCUGAUGAGAGCCAAGGCUUGGAUUAUGAAAUGGGGUAUGACUUUUACUGCCAUCAUUGUUAUCAUCUGGCCUCUUCUUACUCUUCCUGCAGGGCAAUUCAGUUUUGGUUAUUUCACAUUAUGGGCAAUUAUAGCCAUUGCUUGGGGAACAAUUGGUUCAGUUGUGAUCAUUAUCUUGCCUCUAAGUGAAAGCUGGCAGAGGAUAAGCAGCGUGUGCGUCGGCAUGUUCACGAAUGACAAGCUGAUGGAGAAGCUAGAUGAAAUGAACCUUAGACUGCAUGCAAUCAUGACGGCCAUGCCUGAGGCCCAACAAAUUUAUUUGCUGGAGAAAGAGAAGGCUAAGAGGCUUGAGGUUCUAGAAGGAAGAAGAACAAGCUCAAGUGUUCCAAUUCCAACUGCGAUGGACGAGCUUUAAGGUGCAUAUCAAACAUUAUGUUGAUGUUGGCAUUUGAAAUUGUUGAAAAGAUUUAAUGUUAGCACUACUAUAGUAUGUGUCAAUAGAAAAAGAAAUUGUGGGUUGCAUCAAAUGUAAUAUAGCUUGUACUAUUUAUGACCUUCAGAUUAUUAGUAACAUACAUUGCAUCUAAUUAUAUUA